UCUUUGUGGUCAAUAGUGUCGCCACAUAUGAGUCGACAAAGAAAUGAUAGUCUGUUUGAGAUAACAAUCAACUCUUUAUUGAUGUCUUCGUUGAGUUUCAGCUGUUUUUCAGACAAAGUUGUUGACAUCUGUCGCAACUCUUGAACCGUAUUUGACUUAUAUUUGAUACACAUUUUGAUAACUAUAGGAUAUGUCGGAUGUAUUGGUGAAACAAAUGAAGACAACAACCAAUUGAUGACAACUGUAAUUACUGUCCAAUAAUUGUCAUUAUUUUGUCAAUUAAUUUGAUAACCAAUUGAAUGCAUAUCUAUUUCCAUCAGUAAAGACAACUAUCGAGUGAAGACUGAAACAAUGGGUUACGACACGUCGCGAUUUGAUUGCUCUGUCGAUGAAGAGCUCAUUUGUCCCAUUUGUUCGGGAGUUCUGGAGGACGCACUUCAGGCGCCGGUCUGUGAACACGCCUUCUGCAGCUCUUGUAUUAAAGAAUGGUUGAGCCGCCAAAACACGUGUCCCGUUGACAGACAACCGGUCACUUCAUCUCAACUGAAGUGUGCGCCAAGAAUUUUACGAAACCUAUUGUCCAGACUUAACAUAGAGUGCGAUAAUGCGGUCUACGGCUGCAAAAUGAUUGUUAAAUUAGAUUAUCUUCAAAAUCAUUGCAAUGAAUGUGAUUUUAAUCCUAAGAAACCCGUUCCCUGUGAUUCUGGUUGUGGUUUAAUUGUACCCAAAGAUGAGCUAAAGGAUCACAAUUGUGUCCGCGAUUUGCGAUCAUAUGUUGAGAAACAAAGCGAACAAAUAUCAAAACUACAGCAACACUACAACGAUAUGAAACGUGAGGUCAAUAUGUUGAAGGACUGCGUGCGUGCCAUACGAGCGGCAAAUCCUAAUGGUAUCCCAGCUAUAGUCGAAAGCUUUGAACACGACGAAGUUGACAGAUGGACAAACAGUCUUCAGAGGGCACGCGUUACGCGCUGGGGAGGAAUGAUUAGCACUCCUGAUGUUUCAUUACAGGAAUCGGUGAGGAAAGCAUUGAUUGAUUCAUCGGCUCCUUUGCAUAUAAUAACCGAAUUAAUGGAGAAUUCUCACGAACGUCGGUGGCCGCCGGGGUUAAGCACUCUUGAAAUAAGACAAAUGAAUAGAAGACUUUAUGAUAAUUAUGUCUGCAGAAGAAUUCCUGGCAGACAAGCUGUUGUUGUUAUGUCUUCUGAUAAUCAACACAUGAAUGAAGAUAUGCUUCUCGAGCCGGGACUCGUCAUGAUCUUUGCUCACGGAAUUGAAUGAUAUCUUACAGUAUCACCAAAAAAACAUCUCUUUAUUUAUAUUUAUUUUUGUCAUAAGU